AUGGCCGCAACAAAUUUAAUACAUGAAUUUCCUGAUGAAGCAACAUGGGAAAAUUUACUAGGACGCAAUGAAUGGAAAGAUUUGCUUAACCCCCUUCACAUCGACCUGAGGAAACUCAUCCUCCACUGCGGUGAUUUGAGUGACGCCACUUAUGACGCCUUCAUUGGCGAUGAAGAUUCCAAAUACCAUGGCUCUAGCCGCUAUGGCAUGAAGUCAUUCUUCAAAAAAGUAUUCCUACCAGAUUGUGCAUCAAAAUACCAGGUGGUGGCCUUCCUCUAUACCACUCCAGUCGAUGUUCCUCCCACUGAACGCGGCUUCAGCGUGGGCUCUAAACAGUUCUAUCACACCAAUUGGAUGGGCUACAUUGCUGUCAGCACCGAUGAAGAAACUAAAACCAAUGGCGGCAGGCGUGAAGUUUAUGUGGUGUGGCGUGGAACCGGCCAAAUGUCUGAACUCAUGAAAGCUUUCAACGUCAAUCUCGUGUCUGCCUUACCAUUAAUGACGCCACAGCCUGUAAAUCUGAUUCGGGGAAGCGAUGCUAAUCUUGAUGGGGGAGCCAAGGUCAUGGAGGGUUGGCUCAAUAUUUACACUUCCAACAACCCUCGUAGUGAUUUCGUGAAGGUCAGCGCCCAAACUCAAGUCUUAACAAAGAUCAAAGAAUUGAUGGAACAGUACAAGGAUGAAAACAUAAGCUUGAUAUUCACUGGACAUAGCCUUGGUGGGGUACUUGCAGCUCUAAGCGCUUACAAUGUUGUGGACACUGGUGCAGUUCCAAGUCAUGUCCAGGUAGCGGCUUUUGUGUUCAAUUGCCCAAUGCUGGGCAACACAAAGCUGUGUGACAAUAUUAAGGGGUGGCAAAACCUGAGAAUCUUACAUGUGAAGAAUGAAAAAGAUCUCAUACUAGGCUACCACAAAAUCAUAUGCCCGUUAUACGAUUACGCACACCCAGGAAUUGUGUUUGCGGUUGAUACUUUCAAGUCUCCAUACUUGAAAUUUUCAAUGAAUCCAUUAGACUUGCCUAGCUUGGCAGUCCUGUUGCAUAGCUUGCCAGCCCUGUUACAUGUAGGUGCAGGUUGGAAUGGAAACGACAAAGAGUUUCAGCUGAAUUUUGUGCAGAGGAGUUUGGCUCUUGUGAACAAGUACAGUGGUUUUCUCAAGGAUGAAAAUGGUAUUCCAAAGUCAUGGUUCGUUCAAGAGAAUAAAAGGAUGGUCCUUGUGGAAAAUGGCGACUGGGUUGAGAAGCCGCCAUUCCAGGAGGAGGUGGAGCACUUCUAA